AGAUUGGUAGACACACAACACAACCGUCCUCACUCAUCACUCACAAUUCACAAACACCUCACUUUUAAUUGCUCUCUACACUAAAAAACUCCCCCAAACCAACUCUCCAACUAUCAAUCAAUUCUCACACAUAUAUGGACUUGUUGAAUCGCUGCUCUUCAGUGAGCUCCUCCUCCUCCGACUGCUCCUCUGACUCCUCGAGCCAGAGGAGCAACAACGGGGAGAGGAUCAAGGGGCCGUGGAGCGCGGAGGAGGACAAGAUCCUCACCCGCCUCGUGGACCGCUACGGCCCCCGCAACUGGUCCCUCAUAAGCAAGUACAUCAGGGGCCGCUCCGGCAAGUCCUGCCGCCUGCGCUGGUGCAACCAGCUCAGCCCCGACGUCCAGCACCGCCCCUUCUCCCCCGCCGAGGAUGAAGCCAUCCUCGCCGCCCACGCCCGCUACGGCAACCGCUGGGCCACCAUCGCCCGCCUCCUCCCCGGCCGCACCGACAAUGCCGUUAAGAACCACUGGAACUCCACCUUGAAGCGCCGCCAGCAGCAGCAGCAGCAGCAGCGAUGCGAGGAGGAGCACGAUCCGAUGACGGCAUUGUCGCUUGCGCCGCCCGGGAUAGGCGGCGCGGCGGCGGGGUUUUGGGACGAGAUGAGGAAUGUGAUCGCGAGGGAGGUGAGGGACUAUGUUACGACGUCGUUUCAGGAGACUUCCACUGGGUUUCGCUUGUGAUAUCGCUAUAAAUGGUGUUUGUCGUCUACUGCUAGUUUAAUUAAAUAUUUUAAUGUUGAUGUUUCUGUUAUUCUCAAUAAUUAUUUGAGUUUGGGAAUAUGGUUAAAGGCUGCAAUCUCUUUUAGCAAGGCUGCAAUCUCUUGGCACCACCCUUAA